UUUUGUCUCCACCAUUGAAGACAUAUUGCAACAGUGGGGCCUCACUGCAUCCACUUAUUCAGCAGAUUCUGGUUAUUGGCCACAGCAUAGGAAGUCAGAGAAGCUCUCUUAUGUUGGACAUAAUUUCAUUGUUAGCCUCCACGUGUCUGGAGAGAAGAAACGAGCGAUAGCCAAACAAUGAGGUGAUUGGUGGUAGUGGGUGUGGUUUAUAAUGGAUGUGGUUUGCUAUAGAUCAGGAUUGGCCUGAUGCUAUGGUACAUAUGAUGGAUUCAUCAAGUGAUUUCCCUCCAAGAGCUCAUCAUCAUAUCUCUAGAUGGUAUGGUGUUGAUCAGUUUAUAUUGAUAUCUCCUGAUGAGAAGAGUCAUGCAAUAUCAAGUGAAGCUCAGUCCAAACUAUUACUCAGUUCAAUAUCUCUGGCUGUAGCUAACACUGGAUGUACAUUGCCUAUAUUCAUUCAGAUACAGAAGAAUUGGUGUCACAUGUUUAGCGGACAGUGUGAGGGGUAUGGUCUUCGUACGUGUUUUGAAAUGAUACAUUUGAGACAUAUUCCACCUCACUUUAGUCACCUCUCAGGACUACUGAACUUAUUCCGAUCAAAACUGAAUGGUGUGAAUGUUAAUCCUCCUAAUAUUAAUAUUGCUGCCAGACUAACAUAUUGUCUAAGACACUGGAAUGCGGAGGAUUGACCAGUGGGUCCACUCUCAUCUGGUGAUGGGAGUGAUUCUUUCCUUACCCUGCCAGUAGGAGCAAGUUCUGAUCCUAUACAG